AUGUUCUUUGCAAAUGUUCAUCCUAUUUGGGAGGACAAUCGUCCUGUACCACCAAACGUCGUAUAUAUGGGAGGCCUGCAUCAAAAUAAACCAAAAACGUUACCCGAGGACCUUCAAUCGUAUCUGGACUCUUCGAAAAACGGUGUGAUUUAUGUAAGUUUCGGGACCAAUGUAAAACCUUCACUGUUACCUGUGAGCAAGAUUGAAGCUAUGAUCAGAGUUUUCUCGCACUUACCUUAUGAUGUUCUAUGGAAAUGGGACAAAGAUGAACUACCUCAACGUUCGGUAAACAUCAAAAUCUCAAAAUGGUUACCACAAUCCGAUUUAUUGAGACACCCAAAUAUCAAACUAUUCAUCACCCAAGGAGGGUUGCAAUCCACAGACGAAGCAAUUAUGGCUGGAGUCCCGCUCAUUGGUAUACCCAUGCUGGGUGAUCAAUGGUACAAUGUCGAGAAAUACGUUCGGCACAAAAUUGGCCUACGUCUGGAUUUGGAUAUAAUAAAUGAAGAGAUAUUUGAGAAUGCUAUAAAAACCGUUAUACAGGACAAAAGCUACCGUAAGAACGUAGCCCGUUUACGAGGGAUAAUGAUGGACCAGCCACAAAGUCCCCUAGAGCGUGCCGUUUGGUGGACAGAGCACGUUCUUCGCCAUGGAGGUGCACGACACCUGCGGCCUCCCACAGCCAACAUGAGCUGGGCAGAUUAUUUGGAAUGGAAACUGGUGUGCUUCUCGGCAACAUUAAGUACGCUGGCUUUGAUCACAUUGUACGUCUUAGUGUCGACGAUUUGGAAAUUUGCUCUAAAGUAUGUGCUGCACAAUGUUAAAAUUAAGACGGCU